UCCCUAUCUCUCUCUCGCUUCCGGAUGUCAGGCUCUCUCUCGCUGCAUGUUACACAUGCACAGCUUAUCCAUGAACUCACAAAUCCAACGGGAUUAUUUGAUUUUUCUACAAAGAAAGAAAAAAGAAUAAAACAGAGGACAGAGGGACAGAGUGAAUGACUAAAUGUCAGGAGCAGAAACUCAGACCAUGUCCACACAGGAGUGAAGACAGGAGCGACUGCGGCCUCAGAACAUGAUUGGCUGUGAAGGUCCUGAAGAGGUGAGAGCCUGAUCAUCGGCUGCUCCAAUGGCGUGGACCAAAUCGCUGUCGCGUCCAAACCCACGGCCACAACCAGAACUGACCGCUUACAAUCGCAGGACUCAAACAUCAGCCACAAGAUUUUCAUCAACCUUUCCUCAAAUCCAGCCUUCUUGUUUAGUGCCCAUCCUCAUCGUCCUGCUUUCUGCCUUUAUUGACCUCUGCUCAGCUGGUCCUCCCCAGCCAGCUACCCCCCCUCUCCUAUCUGGACAGCCUUUUAUCAUUUUCUGGGGUAUCCCUGACUCUUCCUGCUCUGGUCGGCCAAAUCCCAGAACCUUUGGGAUGGAGCGGGAGGGCCGCGUGGCUGUCUUUUACGAGGACACACUUGGAAAAUAUCCAUAUUUUGUGGACAAAGACACUCCAGUCAAUGGCGGGCUACCACAGCACACACGACUCGACAACCACCUCCAGAAGAUACAGCAGGACUUGGAGCAAACUCUACCUGCACCAAGGUAUCUCGGGUUGGGUGUGCUGCGCUGGACAGAAUGGGUCCCCCAGUGGUCCAGGAACAGAGAGAAGCAGCUUAUGUAUCUGGAAGCAUCGAGGAACCUGCUAAAGACGUUCUUUCCUAGCUGGACUCCAGAGGAGGUGGAGAAGUGGUCACAGGUGGACUUCGAGGCAGCCGCCCAGUCAGUAAUGACAGAGACUCUACGGGAGGUCAAAAGAUUGCGGCCCAAAGCAUUAUGGGGUGUCUCCACUUUCCCCAGCUGCUACAACAGUGACCCAGCCCAAACAAUGUUAGCCAAUUACACCGGCCAGUGCCCUGCUGCAGAGAUGGCCCUGAAUGACGAGCUUCUGUGGCUGUGGAAACGAAGCUCUGCCCUCUACCCUCUCCUCGCCCUGGAGAAGCUGCAGAGUGGGACACCUGGAGCCAGGCUUUAUUUAUCCAGUCAAAUAAGGGAAGCACUACGAGUGUCGUCUCUGAGUGGGAUGGAGUUCGAUCUUCCAGUAUUUCCGUUGGUCAAGAGUGUCUACAUGUCAACUAAUACCUUCUUAUCAGAGACAGACCUGGUCAACACCAUAGGAGAAAGUGCAGCAAUGGGAACAGCUGGCGUUGUCAUCUGGGAGAAAAGUGAGACUAAAACAGAGAGAGAGUGCCAGGACCUGGCGCAGUUUGUCCGCAAGGUCCUGGGACCCUAUGCUACCAACGUGACCGCAGCAUCACGACUCUGCUCAGCGUCCCUGUGCCAGGGAAAGGGUCGAUGCAUCCGUCAAAAACCAGAGAGCUCCGUCUAUCUCCACCUCCCACCCCGAUCUCAAGUGGUGGAAAAGGUGACAGAAAAGGCAGAGAAAGCCACAGAUGAGCCUGACACAGACACUGAACCAGACCCAGCUGAGAUGUGGAAGAAAGAUUUCCAGUGCCACUGGUACAAGACUGCAGACAGAGACGUCUCAGACCAGCAGUCCCCCAAAGACGGAGUAUCUGCUGAAGGAUCAGUACAAGAAAAUGGUGGCGAGGUGGUGGGAACCACAACUGCUUCCAUGACAGCUUCUACAGCAAAAGGUGCCUCUGUGACUGAGUUAAGAGGAAGUAGCUCACCAGAGACUGCAAGUCCAACGCCAUCCCUGGAAGGACCAACAGACGGUGGUACAGAUCCACCAAGUGCCCCACACCUGACUGUUCUGCUGUUGCUGGUGAUUGGAAGUCUUUGCCUAGAACCUUAAAAUUGUGAAAUAUGCCUUCAUCUGGAAGGUCUGGACUAUAACAGCCCAACUAAAGUGCCCUUGAGCAAGACACUGAAUCCCCGCUGGCUGCGGGCGUGCUGCUCUGUAGAUAAAUGUGACCCGAAGAGAGUAUCACAAAACAUUCUCUGUCCAAAGCUGAAAGUCUAUAAUCCUAUCACUGGAUGUGCCAAGAGAUGGUGGUACACAAAACUGUCACUGACAAUUCUCAGUCUCUACAGGCUGUACUCUAAAAUGCUUUUCCCUGACAGGGAAAAUUACAAACUAGAUUAAGACCAACCUGUCCAUGUGCUGAUAUUGGCUUAUUGUCACAUCAAAUCAAGUCGAAGGUUGUCACAGACACAAGAAAGCCGCCUGUGAAACCCACAAUAAGGUUAUAUUGCAUUUGUAGUUUGGCUUUUACUUGUCAGUGCUCUGCUGUGUGCAAAUGAUUUUAAAGACCUCAUUUAGUCAUUUACUUUGCAAUAAAUUGGUAUAUUCACUAAAGAGGAUUUCAAGGGGACAACUUAUCAAAAUCUGGAGGAAUCAAACAAAAUCUGUCAGAUUUUAUCAUUCAAAUGGACCUGCACUUUGACUAAGUGUUGUCCAUAAAAUAACUGGGAAUUGUGUGUUGGACAUGUGAGCGUCACAUAUAUAAAUCAUAUUUAAUAAAAUACAGUACAUGUGGAUGUGUUACUGUUCAUUUUGGCCCCUCUACUAAGCUGUGGAACAAAAGAUCACUACUCUCUGGCACCACCUGUCUGAGACUUGCUGAAAGUGCACCACUCUGUCAAACCAUAGACCAUAGGUAGAAAACGCACAGAUGUACAUAGAGGUUGACUGAUUUGGGCAUGUUUUUUGUUUGUUUUUAUUACAGCCAAUGCAAAUAUUUAAAGGUUAGUACAGCUGGUGGACGUUAUUUGAGGAGAACAAAAACAUGUAAUGUGUAACUACUGGCUGAUUAUCCAUCCAUUAAUCUUCAAGUGCUUUAUCCUCCACGUGAGGGUCGCAGGGCGCAGCUGGGAUUGGGACGCCCUGGACAUGUCGCCAGUCCAUCACAGGGCCACAUACAGACAAACAACCAUCUGCUCUCA